AUGCCGUUCGAGGUCAAGAUACAUCCUGUUGUCGCAGAGCAAGAUCCCGUAAUAGGUGUUAACACCAGUUCAUACUACAGCUACAGACCAAAAUCUAAAAUCGAACCGGUCGUCUCCAUUAGCCAUAUUGCUUCGGAACCAAAACCGAGGCAAAAGUGUUCAGGCGAGACUCCAGCCAGUCCUUCUCAAAACCGGCUAGUCGUUAUUCAAGGUACUUCGAUGAAUUCUUCUGGAUUUAAGACCACCAAAGUUGUGGAUAGCACAAACACUUCUGAGGGUCGAGGCGUGGUAGCCUCAAUUAGAUACAAAAUUGUUCCAACAGUCCCCAACUGCGACAUCCCCAUCACCGAAGAAUUCGCACCUUCGGCCCUUGGAAAUGAAAGUGACGACGAGGAGGAACAAAAUACAUUAUCGAGAGUCUUCUGGACUAUCUUGUUCUUUUUAAUCGCACCAUUCUGGUGCAUUAUAAAAGCUUUCUAUCCGCUCGCACGAACCGUUCUCCAUUCUGAAAAGCACAAUAAUAAUAUCAACAAACGUUCCAGCAGUGUUUCUAUCAGAUUCCUUUUGAUACCAAUCCUUCUGGCUGCUAUCGUUUAUAUCAUGCUGGCCGGUAACCUUGGACGCGAGAGUUACAGGGGCCCUCCUACUGACAAUGGUCAGCUCCCUUCGUCUCCGAGAAUUCACAGCCCAUACGUUGAAGAAGUUAGACACUUUAAAAGAGAAUUUCACAAAUUAGCGCUCGAAGCCACGAAGAAGGUGCUUUCGCAUCCUUAUGAAUUAGUUCGUUACGGUUUCAACGUCGAGAUUAAUAUCAACUACAACUGGAAGCAACCUCGCUGUAACAAAAAGGGUGUCGUUUUUAAAAAUGAAGUUUGCACUAUCAAGAAGAAAAAUGGCAAAAAGUGCCUGAGUGAUGAAUUCAAUAGAACCAAUCGAACUAUUGUAGAAGAUUUAAAGUGUUUUCUGUUGUCUUGA